CCGGACGAGCGGGCAGGGCGAGCGAACAGGGCGAGCGGGCCGGGCGAGGUGGCCGGGCGAGCGCGCAGGCUGGCGGCCGCGGGCGGAGCGUCGCACGGCGCGGUCCUUCCGCCCGCAGGGGGCGCUGUGCGCGCCGGGCCGCGGCCUACCCCGCGGCGCAGUUAAAGGGCCAGCUGGGCACGUGGCUCGGGACGGCGUGCAGUUUGCGGCCGCUGGGCAGCAGCUCCGAGGCUGGGCGACUCCCGCUGGUCCCUGACGCGCAGCCGGCGCUUGGCCCGACCGGUCGACCGAGGAUCACAGCCCGCGCCUGGCCCCAUCUGUCGGCGGAGGACCGCAGCCCAGAGACGACGCGGUAGCCAUGGCUGAAGCGGCGCCCGGCCGGCCAGAUGCAGAGACGAGCUCAUACCGCUACUCCCCAGAGAUCACACUGUGGACUGUGGUGGCUGCCGUUCAGGCCUUGGAGAAGAAAGUGGAAUCUUGCCUGUCCCGCUUGCUGACCCUGGAGGGACGCUCAGGGACAGCCGAGAAGAAGCUGGCUGACUGUGAGAAGACAGCUGUGGAGUUCAGCAGCCAGCUGGAGGGCAAGUGGGCCGUGCUGGGGACCCUGCUGCAGGAGAAUGGGCUGCUGCAGCGGCGGCUGGAGAAUAUGGAGAACCUGCUGCGCAACCGGAACUUCUGGAUUCUGCGGCUGCCACCCGGCAGCAAGGGCGAGGUCCCCAAGGUGCCCCUGACCUUUGAUGAUGUGGCUGUGUAUUUCUCCGAAUUGGAGUGGGACAAACUGGAGGACUGGCAGAAGGAACUCUACAAGCAUGUGAUGAGAGGCAACUAUGAGAUGCUGGUCUCCCUGGAUUAUGCCAUCUCCAAACCAGACAUCCUCACCCAGAUAGAGAGGGGAGAAGAGCCUUGUCCUCCAGGCUCCUGGGUCCAGGAGAAGGGGAGUGAGGAAGAAACAGUAUGCCCAAGGAAACUAAACACUGGCAUCUCUCUGAGUCCAGAGCAGGCCCCAAGUCCAGUGAGCCCUGCCCAGAACGAACCAGAAGACAGACAGACACCUGAGCAGCAGCAAGAGGAAGCAAGCAUGACUCCAACUAAGCCAGGUACUGGAAUUCCAGAAAACACCAGCUCUUUAUCAGUUAAGCAGGAGGGAGACGUUCCAGAGGGCGAGUUGCCACCCUCCCCCCCCACAGAUAGCCUGCCUUCUGUGGGGCCAGGUGGUGGUGCUGUGACCAUCAAGACAGAAGCCCCGUCGGAGGAUGAACCUGAGGAGCACCUUCCGGAGUCCCCUAGCCAGCCCAUGUAUCGAGUCCACAAAAGGCCCAGGAAAAAGACUAGAGGCUCCAGACGGCAUCAUGCCCAGGGAGUGCCUAGGGUGCAGGUUGGGGAACCCCAAGCUGCAGAUGCUAUGGGAGAACCACCCCGCACCCUUUCCCGAUUACGGGGACGGUCAUUCCUGUGCCCUGACUGUGGGCAGAACUUCCGCUUGAAGAUUAAUCUGACAAUCCAUCAGCGGACCCACGUAGAAAAGGAGCGCAGCAAGGCUUGGAGUGGCUUGCCUGUUGGGUUGGAGGAAAGUCACUCCACACUGGAACCAGGAGAGGUGGUGGUGCCUGGCCCUGUCAUCCGCUGGGUGCCUGAGGAGCCCACAAGCCACCGUUCCCUGGCAAGCCACGCGGUGAUGGGCCGAAGGCCAGCAGCUAAGGUUUACCACUGUAGUAAAUGCCUGCACUCCUUUCAGCAACGGAAGAGCCUGAUCCUGCACCAGCGUCAGCACACAGGCAAAAGGCAGGGUUGGCCGACCUGUCCCUACUGUGGCAAGGCCUUCCGCCGGCCCUCCGACCUCUUUCGUCACCAGCGCAUCCACACCGGCGAGCGUCCCUAUCAGUGUCCCCAGUGUGGCCGGGCCUUCAACAGGAACCACCACCUGACUAUCCACAUGCAGACCCACUUCUGAGGCCAGGCAAUCCUGCGUUUCUCAUGCCUCUGUCCUCCAGGAGAGCCUAGCCCUAACGAGGAAGGCUGACCAGGAGCCUGCCGUUACACCCUUUCGCUCUCCUGGCAGGACCUGCAUUAUCUCAGGGCCUUUCCCUUGUGCCUGACCUGACGUUGGUCCCUCAAUCUGGGAUGGAUUUGGAGAGUCUGGUUUUGUUUUCCAUUCAAAUGGGAAGAAUCAAGUCUUUUGGUGACUGUAACUGUGACAGGGUGCCUCCUAAUUCCUUCUUUUGCACAUUCCUGACUUGUAAAAAAAACUCCUUAAGAUUUAA